AUGCUCAGCGAAAAAUGUAACUGCAAAGAGUUAGACAAGAACUAUGACGUUAUAGUCAUAGGGGGGGGACACAGCGGAUGUGAGGCCAGCCACAUAAGUGCAAAAUUGAGAGCGAAGACUUUGCUAAUAACUCAAUGUAAAGAUAGUAUCGGAGAAAUGUCCUGUAAUCCAUCCAUUGGAGGAAUCGGUAAAGGUAUUCUGGUCAAAGAAAUCGAUGCGUUAGGUGGACUCAUGGGAAAAGUCAUAGAUAAAAGUGGCAUACAUUUUAAAAUAUUGAAUGUAAGAAAGGGCCUGGCUGUUAGGGGACACAGGGCACAAGCGGAUAGAGAUCUGUACAACUAUCACAUGAAGGAGCACAUGCAUCACACGAAAAAUUUGCAUAUCUUAGAGAGCACAGUGCAGUCCCUGUUAAUUGAAAAGUGCAGAAGUGGUUCCCCCCUCAGCGGAAGGCGCGUCUACGGAGUGAAAAACAAAUGCGCGUGUGAGUUCUACGCGAACAGUGUAGUCCUCACCACGGGGACGUUUCUGGGAGGUGUGUGUCACAUAGGGAAGGAGAAGUACCACGGGGGGAGGGUCAAGCGGAUUUCCAGGCGGAUGCAGUGGGAGGGGGGGGCACAAAGUGGGGGAAGCUCGCCAAGGGGGGGAAACUCUCUUAGGGGGGAAAACUCCCCUAGGGGGGAAGACCCCACUGGGGUGAACCCCCCACACGAAGGCUCGACAGACAAAUGGGCCCCCCCCCCUAGCGACGGAAUAGCCCACACCAGCCAUGAAAACCUAGAAAAACUUAACAGCGCCAUUUUUGACCAACUAGUAGAAUCAUCCACGCAAAGCAUUUCGAACCAGUUGAGGGAGAACCAGUUUGAGAUAAAAAGGAUGAAAACAGGAACGCCCCCGAGGUUACACAUCAGCAGCAUUGACUUUACCUCUCUUGAAAGGGAAGAUAGUGAAACAGAAAAUCCAUUUUAUUUCUCCUUUUUAAACAGUAACAAGGUUAAUAGGAACAAAACGUUACCAUGCUAUAAAACGUACACGAAUGAAAGAACCCACGAAUUGGUUAGAACCCAUUUGAACGAGCUACCCGAUUUCGACUGUUACGAUAAACUGGGGAAUGGACCAAGAUACUGCCCCUCUAUAGCAAAGAAGGUAACAAAAUUUGCAGAGAAAAAUAAACACAUAAUAUGGUUAGAGCCCGAAGGAUUUCACGAUGUACUCAUCUACCCAAAUGGCUUAAGUUCUGCCUUCCCCAUAAAUACACAGAAAGAGAUCGUAAACUCCAUCAAAGGGUUAGAAAAUGCAAAAAUUGUCUUCCCUGCCUAUGAUGUGGAAUAUUACUAUGUGAACCCUAACUGUUUGAAUUAUACCUUAGAGACGAAGAACGUCAAGGGGCUCUUUCUCGCUGGACAGAUUUGUGGAACAACCGGAUAUGAGGAAGCAGCCUGUCAGGGAAUUAUCGCAGGGAUUAAUGCAGCAUUAGCUGCCCGUACUACAGAUGGAGACACAAAGCAGCAGUUCAUUUUGAAAAGAAGGGAAAGCUAUAUAGGGGUUCUCAUACACGAUUUGAUAAACAAAGGCAUAACGGAGCCUUAUAGAAUGUUCACUUCCAGGGCAGAGUACCGACUCUAUCUCAGACCGGACAAUUGCGACAUGAGACUUACCCCCAUGGCGCACAACUUGGGGAUCGUAUCCGAUGAGAGGAUGUAUAUACUAAGGCAGAAAUAUGCCUCUGUCAAUAGACUCAUUUGUCUUUUUAAGAAGCUACAGUUGAGUGGUACCCGAGAAGGGGAGAUAACUUCCCCCCCAAGUGAUUCAUCUAGUAAAGAUGGAGAGUAUUUGUUUGUAAAGAAUUCCGUUGAGGCAUUCCAACCUGAUGGUAAAAAGAAUAUCCAUCUCGAAUUCACCUCUCGCAAGGGAAACAUAAACACGUUAUAUACAAUUUUCAGAAGCGGAGUUGAAUACCCUCUGCAUAUUUUGCUGAGCAAACUACAGGAGGAGGUUCACAACUGGAAUGAGUUACAGAGCUCAGUUUUACCUGAACAAAACAAUCUAGCCAUUUAUAUGGAUAAAAUGCAACACUGCGGAUUGUCUCUUGACCAAAGUGACGACCUGCUUCUGAACUGUGCCACCUUGGAAACUGCCUGUGCUGAGGUUAAAUACUCUCCCUACUUGACGAAACAGAUCAGGGAGGUAGAUAAAAUUAGGGACAGCUUCGACUUGGCCAUCCCGCCCGAUGUCACCUACGACAGGCUUAACUUCCCCUACUUGUCUAACGAAGAAAUUGAAAAACUGAACAAAUUCAGGCCGCGCACAUUGCACGAUGCCAACCGAAUUGAAGGCGUGACCAUGAGCGCCAUUUAUUAUUUGUAUUACUACAUAAAAGGCGAGAAGAAUAGGGUUAAAAGAUAG